AUGGCCACCGGCUCGACCGUACAAGAGAGGGGCGGCACAGAGCCGCACACCGAGGAAGAGGAGGAGGACGCGCUGGACCAGGUCUGCCGCGGGUUCCCGCCGCUCGCGCUGCCGGGCGAGGCGUUCAGCGCCGUGGCCGCACUGCUGCGCACGCUGCAGGCGACAGCCGCGGCCGGCGAGCGGCCAGCGGCGGCGCCCAAGGCCGCGGCAGCCGCCGCGCCGACGGCCGGGCUGGAUGAGCUCGCCGCGCUCGCGCGCUGGGACGGCGCGCUCGCCGAGGACGAGGGCGCGCUGCGCGCGCGUCUCCAGCGCAUCCACGCGCUCGCCGGGCCCGACGCGCGCGCCAAGGCGCGGGCGGCGCAGGCCCUGAUGUCGCGCGCGCACGCCGCCGCCGCGGCCCCGCCGCCGCCACCACCGCCGCCGCCGCCGCCCUCGUACCACCCGUCCGGCGCGCUCGGCUGCGCCCACUACAUGCGCAACUGCGCGCUGCUCUGCAGCACCUGCCACACCUGGCACGUCUGCCGCCUCUGCCACGACGCCGUCGCCGACCACCCGCUGCAGCAGCCGCCGCCCACGCGCGUCGCCUGCAUGUUCUGCAGCGCCGUCCAGCCGCCCGCCGCCGCCUGCACCGCCUGCGGCCGCCGCCUCGCGCGCUACUUCUGCGCGCCCUGCGUGCUCUACGACAACGACGACGCCAAGGACAUCUACCACUGCGACCGCUGCGGCAUCUGCCGCCUCGGCCUCGGCCUGGGCCACGACUUCUUCCACUGCGACGGCUGCGGCGCCUGCCUCGCGAUCGAGCUCCGCGGCAACCACCGCUGCACCGAGGCCGCCACCCGCGCGCCCUGCCCCAUCUGCGCCGACGACAUGUUCACCUCCGUGCGCCCCGUCAUGUACAUGUCGCCCUGCGGCCACGCCAUCCACAAGCACUGCUUCGCCGCCCACACCCGCCACUCCUACAAGUGCCCCCACUGCCGCGUCUCCGUGCUCAACAUGGAGGCCCGCUUCCGCGUGCUGGACCGCGAGCUCGCCGACGCCCCGCUGCCCGAGCCCUACGCCCUCUGGCGCUGCGACAUCCUGUGCAACGACUGCGCCGCCCGCUCCACCUGCCGCUUCCACAUCCUGGGCCUGCGCUGCGGCCACUGCGCCAGCUACAACACGCGCCAGCUGCGCCUGCUCCGCCCCGACGACCCCGCGCCCGACGCGCCCGACGACACCCAGGCCGCCCAGCGCGCCUCGCUGCUCCGCGCCCUCUUCCACCAUGAGACCGUUAGCCCCCUUAUCGACCCCUCCCACGUGACUGCAGGCAUCGACGACUACCUCCGCCGCGUCCCUGCCGCCCCCAGCCUGCCCUCUCCUGCCACAGAAGCCUCCGCACGCCUCGUUGCUCUCGGCCGCUGCCUGCGUCACCUGCUGGCGCCGCCGGAGUCGCCCCCGCGCGGCCCGUAG